AUGCCGCCGGUUACGAGGAAUGGCCAACACGGACGGCCCCGGCAUCGGAUCCUCUCCUCUGUCUCUCAGCUCACUCAUCGCGGCCAAUUCGGAAGUCCUGCGCAAUGGGUGGCCUACGCUUUAGCCGCCUUCUUUGGCCUACACGUGUUCUACAGCUACUUCCACUCGUUUGAUCUCUGCCACGGCAUAUCGAUGAUGCCCACCAUCUUCAGUUUUGGCGAGUGGGUGUGGAUCAGCAAAUACUACAGACGAGGACGUGAUGUCGAGGUAGGAGACCUCGUCAGCUUCAAGAGCCCUAUCAGGGAUGGUGAACAUGCCAUCAAGAGAGUGAUUGGUCUGCCAGGCGACUUCGUACUGAUGAACACGCCUGGCAAGAGUGAUGCCAUGAUCCAGAUACCGGAAGGUCACUGCUGGGUAGUGGGAGACAAUCUUGCUUUCUCUCGCGACUCCAGAGUAUUUGGUCCCCUACCUAUGGGACUCAUCAUUGGUAAGGUCUUGUUCAAGUUCAAUUUCCAUCGCUACAUUCCUUGGGACUUUGAGUCGUUACAACAAGGACUGCAGUCAUUCGACGAGUCCGACGUUGAUUGA